GGCUCAUUCCUCGCUCAAGUCGCGUGAAAGUUGGACGCCACUCAGCGCAAAGAAAGCAACCAGCCGACAGCAACAGACGACAACAACAAGCAGCUACCUUUAUAAGAAAGCAAUUCCUACAGCCGAGCAAGAACAAACAAAACAAAAACAAAAUCAAACGCAACGAACUGGUCCGUUUUGACCCACAUACUGCAAGCUGAGAGCCCAGCGAUAGAAUUUCAGUAUUUCGAGCGUCGAGUGAAAUUUACUUACAAAAAACCAACAAUCACAACAACCAACAAUUAUGUGCCACAAAUUUGGAAUAAUAUUGCUGCUGUCCACAGUGGGCGCCAUUUGGGCUCAGCAACAGCCUUACUAUCUGCAGCAAUGCCCUCGCGAUGAGGCAGCUAUUAACGAGUGUCUACGUGAUAGCGGCAACAAAUUGGUGCAUUAUCUACAAAAGGGCAUACCCGAAUUGGAUAUUUACGAGAUUGAGCCCGUGGUUAUUGAUGAGAUCGGCAUUGUGCUGGGCAGCGGCCCGGAUGGCUAUCGCGCCCUCUUCCGUAAUAUUCAGGCCUUUGGCGUUAGCAAUAUAACUGUUACUAAUGUGCGCUCCGACUUGGACUCGCUGCAGUUCCAGCUAACGUGCGAGAUACCCCGCAUACGCGUCAAGGCCCAAUACCGAUCCACAGGUGUUUUGAUCUUGGUAAAGGCCUCCGGUGCCGGCGAUUAUUGGGGCGAGUACGAGGGCGUUAAGGCCAAGAUCUACUUUAAGGCUAUGGCCAAUGAGGGCGCCGAUGGACGCACAUAUCUGACCACGGACUCGGUCAAAAUGGACUUCAAUGUCAAGGAUAUACAGAUGGGCGUUGACAACAUAGCCAACGGCAACUCGGUUAUACAGGCCGCUCUCAAUCUGUUCAUCAACUCGAACUCCCAGGAGCUGCUCAAGGAAAUGAAACCCGCGCUGCGGACCAAACUGACCCUCGUCAUACGAAACUUCAUGGACCGCCUGUUCGCCAAGAUACCGCUGGACGAGUGGAUUAACUUGAACUAGUUAAGUCUCUUCGAUUUAGAUGUCCGACGUAUACUAUUUAGUAAGCACUAAUUUAUUGCAACACAACACAAA